GAAGAAGAACAUUCGUUACCGAGUCAACUCUCUCUCCUCUCCGCCUUCUUUGACCGAGUCAGCGAUUCCACCCAGUCGCGACGACGGUUCUUUUCUGCUUAGUCACACAAAACUAAGAACAAAGCAGAAAGAGAGAACCAAAAUUCGAGAAAGGAUCAGAGAGAUUUCUCUCUCUUCUUUGUCUAUCUACAUCACUUGGCCCUAUUUUUCCACUCAAUUCUUCUUUAAUCUAUUCUUCUUGAUGUUCUAGGGUUUUGAGAGAGGGUUUAGAGGGGUUUGUGUUGCGAAAAUGAUGAUAUCGAGGGGAUUGUUCGGCUGGUCUCCGCCGCAUAUACAGCCACUGACGCCGGUGUCAGAGGUGUCGGAACCGCCGGAGUCUCCGUCGCCGUACCUUGAGCCGAGUAGCGACGCGGUACCGGUGGAAGUGGAGGAGGAGAUGGAGGAGGCGGAGGAGAUCGAGCCGCCGCCCGCGACGGUGCCGUUCUCGAGGCUGUUCGCCUACGCCGAUCAGUUGGAUUGGGUGUUGAUGGUCGUCGGAUCGCUGGCCGCGGCGGCUCACGGGUGUUCGCUCGUCGUUUACUUGCAUUACUUUGCGAAGAUUAUACACUUGUUACACCAUCAGGAGGACGAACCCGAUUUACUGUUUCACAGGUUCAAAGAGCUUUCUUUGUCCAUUGUGUAUAUUGCUGUUGGCGUUUUUGCAUUUGGUUGGAUUGAGGUCUCCUGUUGGAUUAUUACCGGAGAACGACAGACUGCUGUGAUCAGGUCAAAAUAUGUUCAAGUAUUACUUAAUCAGGACAUGAGCUUUUUUGAUACCUAUGGGAAUAAUGGAGAUAUCGUGAGCCAAGUAUUAAGUGAUGUGCUACUCAUCCAGUCUGCACUCAGUGAAAAAGUUGGAAAUUAUAUUCAUAACAUGGCUACCUUCUUCGGUGGCCUUAUCAUUGGAUUUGUCAAUUGUUGGCAGAUUGCCUUGAUAACUUUAGCCACUGGUCCAUUCAUUGUUGCUGCAGGAGGAAUAUCAAAUAUAUUUCUUCAUAGGCUCGCUGAAAAUAUUCAAGAUGCAUAUGCUGAAGCAGCAAGCAUUGCUGAACAGGCAGUCUCUUUUAUUAGAACCUUAUAUGCAUUUACAAAUGAAACAUUGGCCAAGUAUUCUUAUGCUACUUCUUUACAAGCGACACUGAGAUAUGGUAUAUUGAUAAGUCUUGUACAAGGACUCGGACUUGGAUUUACUUAUGGGCUUGCAAUUUGUUCUUGUGCUUUGCAACUUUGGGUUGGAAGGUUUCUGAUUACUCAUAAAAAAGCUCAUGGAGGUGAAAUCGUUACAGCCCUAUUUGCUGUCAUAUUAAGUGGCCUUGGGUUGAAUCAAGCGGCAACAAACUUCUAUUCAUUUGAGCAAGGAAGAAUUGCUGCUUAUAGACUUUUUGAGAUGAUAAGCCGUUCAUCCUCUGCUGUUAGUCAUGAUGGAACCACCCUAGUUUCUGUACAAGGAAACAUCGAGUUUCGAAAUGUAUAUUUUAGCUAUCUAUCUCGUCCUGAAAUUCCUAUCUUGAGUGGGUUUUACCUCACUGUACCUGCUAAAAAGGCUGUGGCACUUGUUGGCAGAAAUGGAUCUGGUAAAAGCAGUAUUAUACCACUCAUGGAACGGUUUUAUGAUCCUACAUUAGGAGAAGUCCUUUUGGAUGGAGAAAAUAUCAAGAACCUAAAACUGGAAUGGCUAAGAAGCCAAAUUGGUUUAGUCACACAGGAGCCUGCCUUGUUAAGUUUGAGUGUUAGAGACAAUAUUGCUUAUGGGCGGUCAGACUGCACUUUGGACCAGAUCGAAGAAGCUGCUAAAAUCGCACAUGCACAUACAUUUAUCAGCUCAUUUGAGAAAGGAUAUGAGACACAGGUGGGUAGGGCUGGUUUAGCAUUGACAGAAGAACAGAAAAUAAAACUAUCCGUGGCAAGGGCUGUGCUUUCUAAUCCCUCAAUUCUUCUUCUUGAUGAGGUUACUGGUGGACUUGAUUUUGAGGCUGAAAGAGCUGUUCAAGAGGCUUUAGAUCUCCUGAUGUUAGGACGAUCAACCAUAAUUAUUGCUCGAAGGCUUAGUCUUAUAAGAAAUGCUGAUUACAUUGCAGUGAUGGAGGAGGGCCAACUAGUUGAAAUGGGUACACAUGAUGAACUAAUAACCACAGAUGGCUUAUAUGCAGAGCUUCUUAGAUGUGAAGAAGCGGCAAAACUUCCAAGGAGGAUGCCAAUAAGGAACUACAAGGAAACUACAGCUUUCCAGAUUGAAGAAGAUUCAUCAGCAAGCCACAGCUUCCAAGAACCGUCGUCCCCUAAAAUGGUCAAAUCACCAUCUCUUCAGAGAGUUUCUGGCCUUCAUGUAUUUCGGCCUCAAGAUGCUACCUUCAACUCACAAGAAUCACCGAGAAUGCAGAGCCCACCACCAGAGCAAAUGGUGGAAAAUGGUGUACCCUUGGAUGUGACAGAUAAGGAACCAUCAAUAAAAAGGCAAGAUAGUUUUGAGAUGAGGCUACCGGAAUUACCAAAAAUUGAUGUUCAGUCUGUGCACAGACAAACAUCCAAUGCUUCAGAUCCUGAAUCCCCCAUCUCACCACUCUUGACAUCUGAUCCCAAAAAUGAACGUUCUCAUUCACAAACUUUUAGUAGACCAUACAGCCAGUCUGAUGACAUGCCAAUGACAAUGAAGGAAGCAAAGGGUAGAAAACAUAUGGAAGCACCAUCAUUUUGGAGGCUUGUAGAACUUAGCUUUGCAGAGUGGCUUUAUGCUGUUUUAGGAAGCACUGGUGCCGCCAUCUUUGGGUCUUUUAAUCCAAUUCUUGCUUAUGUUAUUGCACUGAUAGUUACAGAAUAUUACCUUCAUGAAGGUCCUCGCCUAAGGGACGAAGUAGACAAAUGGUGCCUGAUCAUUGCUUGCAUGGGUAUUGUGACAGUGGUUGCUAAUUUCCUGCAGCACUUCUAUUUCGGUAUAAUGGGGGAGAAAAUGACUGAACGAGUAAGGAGAAUGAUGUUUUCAGCAAUGUUGCGCAAUGAAGUUGGAUGGUUUGAUGAAGAGGACAACAGUGCAGACACCUUAUCAAUGCGUUUAGCAAAUGAUGCUACUUUUGUGAGAGCUGCUUUUAGCAACCGGCUUUCUAUAUUUAUACAAGAUAGUGCAGCUGUUCUUGUGGCUGUUCUUAUUGGGAUGUUGCUGCAGUGGCGAUUAGCACUAGUGGCUUUGGCAACCCUACCCAUUCUUACUGUUUCUGCUGUUGCACAGAAAUUGUGGCUUGCUGGAUUCUCAAAGGGCAUACAGGAGAUGCACAGAAAGGCAUCUUUGGUCCUUGAGGAUGCAGUCAGAAAUAUUUACACUGUUGUGGCAUUUUGUGCUGGUAACAAGGUUAUGGAGCUCUACAGAUUGCAACUACUGAAAAUAUUCAAGCAGAGCUUCUUUCAUGGAAUGGCUAUUGGUUUUGGCUUUGGCUUUUCACAGUUUCUUCUUUUUGCCUGUAAUGCCCUUCUUCUCUGGUGCACUGCGCUCUCUGUUAAAAAUAACUACAUGACUCCACCAACGGCUCUCAAAGAAUACAUGGUGUUUUCGUUUGCAACAUUUGCACUUGUGGAACCUUUUGGCUUGGCUCCAUAUAUACUCAAACGGCGAAAAUCUCUUACUUCAGUGUUUGAAAUUAUAGAUAGAGUGCCUAAGAUUGAGCCAGAUGACAACUCGGCAUUGAAACCCCCUAAUGUUUAUGGAAGUAUCGAGUUAAAAAAUAUUGAUUUUUCUUACCCUACUCGUCCAGAAGUGUUGGUAUUGAGCAAUUUCAGUCUUAAAGUCAAUGGUGGACAAACUGUAGCUGUGGUGGGGGUUUCAGGGUCUGGAAAGAGCACUAUAAUAUCUUUGAUAGAGAGAUUUUAUGAGCCGGUUGCUGGUCAGGUUUUACUGGAUGGUCGUGAUUUGAAACUUUAUAACUUGAGAUGGUUGAGGAACCACAUGGGUCUUGUUCAGCAGGAACCAAUUAUUUUCUCGACAACCAUACGGGAAAAUAUUAUAUAUGCAAGACAUAAUGCAAGUGAAGCAGAGAUGAAAGAGGCAGCAAGAAUUGCAAAUGCACAUCAUUUCAUCAGCAGCUUGCCUCAUGGUUAUGACACACAUGUGGGGAUGAGGGGUGUGGAUCUAACCCCAGGACAGAAACAAAGAAUUGCUAUUGCUCGGGUCGUGCUUAAGAAUGCGCCCAUUUUGUUAUUGGAUGAAGCAAGCUCAUCCAUUGAGUCUGAGUCAAGCCGAGUGGUGCAGGAUUCUCUUGAUACAUUGGUCAUGGGAAACAAAACAACCAUUCUGAUAGCUCAUAGAGCUGCUAUGAUGAAGCAUGUUGACAACAUUGUUGUACUUAAUGGAGGGCGAAUCGUUGAGGAAGGGACCCAUGAUUCAUUAGUAGCCAAGAAUGGCUUGUAUGUUCGUUUGAUGCAACCUCACUUUGGGAAGCGUCAUCAACACAGACUUGUUUAGACGGGGCUUGUGAUUGAUUGUAUUUUAUGUUUGGUCCACUGGAAAUCUGCCAUAACUUGGCGGAAAUGUUGGUGGCUGCCGGUUCUAGAAUAUCAGUUGGUAGGAGUUAACACGUGAGACAGAUAAGAACGAUGACACUUUGUGACGAUGUUUAUAUGGCUGGGUGAGUGUUGACGGCGGCAGCAGCUUUCACUGACAGGUGGUGGCUUUGGCAAUGACAUUGUGCAAAAUGUAGGUCUGAGACAAUAGGGUUUUUCAUAGUUCAGUUAGCCUAUCUCUCUGGGUUAGAUGCAUAUUCUUUUGGAGGCAAGCAUCAAUAGAUUAAGAUUGUGCAUUGCCUCUAUGGUAUAUUGAUUUGUUAUGAUUAUAGUGUGGAAUGGAAUUAACUGUAGUCUUCCCGAGGUGGUUUUUUUUUUUAAUUUUUUAUUUGGCUGUGUGGCGAAUGAGAGCUUCUGUAACUCCCUCUCUGGUCCGUUGUUGCUAAUUUUCUUGCUGUAUAUUUUUCUUACGUUUGUAAAAGCAGUGUAAGGUUUGAAAGAGGAGAAAGUUGAGGCAUUUAUUCA